UCACUGAUCAGUAAUUGGCGGAAUCGGCAGGAUCUAAGAUCUUGGUCAUGUUAGAUAACGCCGUGUAAGAUAAAAAAAAAAUGUAUGAAUUAUCACUCGAUCAAAUAUCAUCUAUAUUCAAAUCACUUGAAAAUAUUAUAUCAUUAGUAAUUAAUAUUUAAUAUUCAAACUAAGAAAGACAAGUUCCAAAUUCCAAUUCAUUAUAAAUUAUUUUAUUAGUUAAUGUCAAAUUUGAAGUUAUUGACAUUUUAAUAAACCUUCUACGUAAUUACCGAAUACUUAUAUUCAUUUAAUAGAAAAAAAAUGUCUAUGCCUGUAUUUCCAUCAAAUACACCUCAAGUUCCUCAAGCCAUGCAACAAGUACAACAGCAACAACAGCAGCAGCAACAACAACAACAACAACAACAACAACAACAACAGCAGCAGCAACAGCAGCAGCAACAGCAACAGCAACAAGAAAAAUUAGACAAUAUAUCUAAAGUGAAAACUCAAGUGAUUCAACUUAAAGAAUCAUUAAGUUGUGUACUUCGUGCAGCUUCAUAUACUCUGCAACAAAAUCAUUACAUUGACACAGGAUUAUUAAAAACUGUAGAAAUACCCGGCCCUCGAUUUGAAAAAACGAUUGAAGAAUUUUUUUCGAUUUGUGAUCAAAUAGAGUAUAACCUGAAGACUGCUAUCGAGUGUCAACAACAAGGUCUAAGCAGUCAACGUUAUAUACCACUAAUGGUAUAUCCUACAAGAACGGAACCAUUACCAGCUCAGGAGUUAAGUUCGCUCACAUACCCUCAGUAUUUAAGCACAGUUCGAUCACAAAUUUCUUAUUUAAAAGAAGUUCAAGAAUUACUGUUGUCUACAACUCAGAAUAAUUCUAAUGAAUAAUAAAGAAAAAAUGUAUAUUUAGACAGCAUAAUGUUAUAAUAUUUAUGUAUAAUAAAUUAUAUAAGAAUU